AUGAGUGCUACUAAAGCGCACGUCCGACCGAUGAUUACGACGACGACAUCUUCUUCGCAACAGCAGAAAAAGCAACGACUUCAUCGCGACUGCAGUAAAAACCAGAGAGUAUUGGAAAAAAGAAGUGCAAAGUUAAAAGCGGACGACGAAUGGAAAGAUGAAGAUGAAGAUGAAGAAGUAUUAAGAAGAAGAAACAGAAGAACGAGAAGAAUGAUGACGAUGACGAUGCUAACACUCGCGAGCAGUAGUAGCAGUCAAAACGACGAAUUUUACGCGUUCGCGGCAAUGAAUAGUAACAAUAGUAAUAGUGCGAUAGUGCAAGCGUUAAAACAGAAGCAAAACGCAGACGACGUGGAAUUCGCGACAGAUAUCCGCCAAAGACUCUCCGUCACGCUCGCGUCAUUCCGCCGGGCGAAACUCCUCUCCGAUGUAGGCGAGUACGGAAACGCGAGACAGCUCUUACGAGAAGGCGGCGCGUCUUCUUUACGGAAGGAUUUACAAAAAGUAGCCUCGUACGUCGCGUUGCGCAGACCGACGUUCGCCGAGUACGAAGCGGCGGAAACCGUGGGAACGCUGGAAGCGUGGGAUAACGCCAUGAGAGCGAUGGAAGUUCCGGAAAAGCAACGGAAAGGAGAUCAGAGAAACGUAACCGCGAACGACGUGAAAACAGACGCCAACGCGGCGAUUAAGAGUUUGGAGGAGGUUGUGUAUCUCAUCAACGCGGACGCGACGUACGUGGACGCGCAGAAGCGAUUGAAAAAUGUCGAUUUGGAGAAGGAAUACGACGGCGAGUGA